AUGGGGGUGCUGAUGUCGAGGCGGCAGACGGUGGAGAAGGUGCAGAAGGUCAGCUUAGCCGUGUCGGCCUUUAAAGGUGGGCUGAAAGAGGAGCCCUCGACGCGCACCAGCAAGGCGGCAUGGGAACGGCUGCGGGACGGCCGCGGUGUGGAGCCAGAGGAGUUUGAGCGGGCCAACAGGUUCACGCUACCGGCCUUCAUCCGGCCCACGCGGGAGCUGCACGACGACGAGCCGCUGGACAUCAGCCUGGAGCAGCGGGAGCAGGUCAUCAAUGAUGAGAUGUGUGAGAUCUGUGAGGUGUGGACAUCUGAGAGCCUCUUCCCGUGCCGCAUCUGCAGUCGGGUGUACCACGACGGCUCCGAGCCGGGCUGGAGCUGCAGCUACUGCGACAACCUCAACCUCCUGUUGACAGAGGAAGAGAUGUACAGCCUGAUGGAGACCUUGCAGCAGUGCAAGAUCAUUCCAGACACCUGCCUGACUCUGGAUGACUUCCUGCACUACAAGCAACUGGUGCACAAGCAGCAGUUCGAAAAGCCCAUGGAAGAGGCCCAGGAGGAGCAGGCUACCCUGCAGUUCUCCGCCCUGGACCCUGAGAAUAAGGGACACAUCGAGUGGCCGGACUUCCUCUCCCACGAGUCCAUCCAGCUGCUGCAGAAGCUCCGGCCACAGGUACUGCAACAGCACACAUGGGCCGGGGGCCACCUCCGCACCAGAAAGGAGCUGGUCACUGCUGUUUGGAGUGGGCAUGUUGCUGCAACGGCAUCCCCUCUGCCCGCCAAGAGCAGUGCCCCCACUCUGCCCUGCAGCAUCAGCCACGUAGGACCCAUGUCCGAGAGGAGCCCUGCCAGCAGCGGCAGCAGCAAGAACCAGAAGACCCUGCUGGCCACGGAACAGGAGGAUGCCAGGUGA